UAAACGAAAGUGAAAUUAAGUGUCGAGAUUUUAAAGGCAGAGUCGAAAGUUUGUCAAGAAAUACUUUAUCAAGAUUCUGGAAUAAUUUAAAGAUAUUCUAUGUUUCAAGAGGCCUCAGCAGGAAUCAUCUGGUCUGGAUCAGCAUAAAAAUGGAUGGAUCUGCUUCUGAAAUGCGCCCCCCUGUGGGGUGUAAGAGAAAGAGCGCUGAGAGUGUCCUGAUGGAGAGAGCAGACUCCCCUGUACCCAGCUGUGUUUCCACGAAGAGUGACUGGUCAGUAAAGCAACGAAUCAGAAUCUUUGAGGGAUCUCUUCCUACAAAUGAAAGUGUCCUGAUGGAGAGAGCAGACUCCCCUGUACCCAGCUGUGUUUCCACGAAGAGUGACUGGUCAGUAAAGCAACGAAUCAGAAUCUUUGAGGGAUCUCUUCCUACAAAUGAAAGUGUCCUGAUGGAGAGAGCAGACUCCCCUGUACCCAGCUGUGUUUCCCUGAAGAGUGACUGGUCAGUGAAGCAACGAAUCAGAAUCUUUGAGGGAUCUCUUCCUACAGAUCAAAGAGACCAAAUGGAAGAUUGCAGUUCAGAUCUACAUGAUAAAUCGGGUUUAUCAUCCAUAUUGAAGUCACUAGAGGAAAAAGCCAUGAAGUUCCUAAAGGAGGAACUGAAGACGUUUGUGAGGCACCUAGAUCAGAAUUACCCAGAAUGCUCUGAGCCUCAGCUGGAGGAGGACAAUGACCUGGACAGUGAUGGUCAGAUGCAGAAGACCAGUGUUAGAGAGGUAGCUCUGAAGAUCACAGUGUACAUCCUGAGGAUCAUGAAACAUAAUGAUCUUGCUGACCUGCUGGACAAGAGACAGCUCAUGCUGCAACAUCAACAGGAAAUGAAAUGUAAACUUAAGAAGCAAUUUGAGUGUGUAUUUGAAGGGAAAGCUAAGGAAGGACAGCCAACACUUCUCAGUGAGAUUUACACAGAACUCUACAUAACUGAAGGUGGGACUGGAGCAGUCAAUGAUGAACAUGAAGUGAGACAGAUUGAAACAGCAUCCAAGAAAAGGCGAACAGAAGAUACUACAGUCAAGUGCAAUGAUAUAUUUAAACCCUUAUGUGGGCAUGAGACACCAAUCAGAACUGUACUCACUAAAGGGGUGGCAGGUAUCGGGAAAACAGUCUCUGUGCAGAAAUUUAUUCUCGACUGGGCAGAAGGAAAAGCAAACCAGGAUGUUCACUUCAUAUUUGCUCUUCCUUUCCGGGACCUGAACUUGAUUAAGGGUGAAUACAGUCUGAUUGAACUGCUUCACCACUUUGUCCCAGAACUGAAAUCAUUUCAAUCCACUGAGCUGUUUAUGUACAAAAUCUUGUUCAUCUUUGAUGGUCUGGACGAGUGUCGCCUUCCUUUCGAUUUUCAGAACAAUGAGAGCUGGUUUGAUGUCACAAAGAAAACAUCACUGGAUGUGCUGUUGACUAACCUCAUUAAGGGGAAUCUGCUCCCAUCCGCUCUCCUCUGGAUAACCUCCCGGCCAGCAGCAGCCAAUCAGAUACCUCCUGAGUGUGUCCACCAGGUGACAGAGAUACGAGGGUUCAGUGAUGCCCAGAAGGAGGAGUAUUUCAAGAAGAGAUUUAAUGAUCAGAGCCUGGCCAGCAGGAUUAUCACACAUGUGAAAUCAUCAAGGAGCCUCUUCAUCAUGUGCCACAUUCCUGUGUUCUGCUGGAUUUCAGCCACUGUGCUUAAGAGGUUUUUUAGUGAGACUGACAGGGGAGAAAUUCCAAGGACUCUGACUGAAAUGUACACACACUUCCUGAUCUUUCAGACAAGUUUAAAAAAUGACAAGUAUAUGAAAAACCAAGAAACUAAGCUUAAGGAAUACAGCAAGGAAUUCCUUUUAAAACUUGGUAAACUUGCUUUUGACAACCUUGAGAAAGGCAAUCUCAUAUUUUAUGAGCAAGAUCUGACAGGGAAUGGCAUUGAUGUCACUGAAACUUCAGUUUACUCUGGAGUGUGCACAGAAGUCUUUAAAGAGGAGUAUGGGUUGUACCAGGAGAAGGUGUACUGCUUUGUGCAUCUGAGCAUCCAGGAGUAUCUCGCUGCUUUAUAUGUGUUUCUGUCAAACUCAUCAGCUGACCUGCUGAAGACUGCAGUGGAUCAGGCAUUAGAGAGCAAGAAUGGACACUUGGACCUCUACCUCCGCUUCCUCCUGGGCCUCUCAACAGACUCCAGUAAGACUCUGUUACAAAGGCUACUGGGGCCAACAGAAACCUGCUCACAAACCAUUAAGGAAACAGCCCAAUACAUCAAGGAGAAAAUACAGGAGAAUUUAUCUCCAGAAAGGACCAUCAACCUGUUCCACUGUCUGACUGAACUGGGUGACAAUUCUCUAGUAGAGGAAGUACAAAGAUACCUGAAUUCAGGAAACAUUUCAGUAGAUGACCUCUCACCUGCACAGUACUCAGCUCUGGCCUUUGUGAUGCUGAUGUCAGAUGAGGAGCUGGAUGUGUUUGAUCUGAAAAAAUACAUCAGACGAGAUAAAGAGCACUGUAGGCUGCUGCCUGUGGUCAAGAACUCCAGGACGGCUCUGCUGAACAGUUGUGAUCUCAUAGAUAAACACUGUGAAGUGCUGUCUUCAGCUCUCAGAUCAAACUCUUCCCCCCUGAGAGAGCUGGACCUGAGUGACAAUAAGCUGAAGGAUUCAGGAGUGAAGCUGCUCUCUGCUGCACUGGGGGAUUUACACUGUAAACUGGAGAUAUUGAGGUCAGUAUUACUGGGUAUUCUACACUCUAAACUAGAGAUACUGAGGCCAGUAUUGUGGGGUAUUCCACACCGCAAACUGGAGAUACUGAGGCCAGUAUUACUGGAUAUUCUACACUGUAAACUGGGGAUACUGAGGUCAGUAUUGUGUGGUGGCUGCUCUCUGCUGUACUGUAGGAUCUCAGCUGUAAACUGGAGAAGCUGCAGUGAGUACAGAAUAUGCAUUUUGCACAAAAGUAACAGGACACCAAGAAAACCCACGAUUCCUUUCAGCAGUUACAUAAUAAACAAACACAAACAGCUUCUGUUUUCUUCUCCUACUUCCUUAUAUCCCACAAUCUUAUCAGCCCUCGAUCCAUGCUAGAAAUAAUUAAGCAGUGAAGCAGGAAAU